AUGAUAUCAAACGCACGUAAACUUUAUAUGCAACAAUUAGCACAAGAAAAGAAAUCAUCAGAAGGUGCCAAUCCAACAACAGCUACCACCACAUCGACCACUCCACCACAAUUUAUUUCAUCCACUCCAACCGCUCUCACCCCAACCAACUCUAACCAUGCUCUCGUAGCCAACGGUGCCUCUGCUCCCACCUCCAACAUUGUCGACGAUGUCGAUCAAUUGCAACAACAAAAGCUCAAAGACGAAGAGGAGAAAAAGAAAAAGGAGGAUUUGAUCAACAAGCGUCAAGAAGAUGAACGUCAACAAAAGCUCCGUGAAGCUCAAGACAAGAAACGUGAAGACGAAGAAAGAAAAAAGGUAUACGCCAAUGAAGAACUCAACGAAGAGAUUGAAAUCCAAAGUUUGGAACAAAUGGGUAAAAACACUGGUAUCUCCCAAGACAUGUUUACCUUUUUCCCAGCAGAAGUUUAUGGUGCCUAUGAUAAAUUACAAAGUUUUUCAAGAGAUUUAAAUACAUCAAUUUCACAACCAGAGAUUGUAUUUGUUGGACCAAGAUCAUCGGGAAAAUCAUCAUUGAUUGAAUCGUUUAUUGGUAGACCAUUGAAUAUUGUUGCUGGACAAUCGGGGGGAGCAUGCAGCAAGAGAGCCGUGCACCUCCAAUUCAUGAACAACCCAGAGGUUGAAGGCACCAAGAUCACGAUCAAGCGUGACUCGUUUAUCAAAGAGUUUGACCACGACAUUGUAGUGCCACUCGAACAACUCAACGACAACCUUGCCCGUCGCUCCAACCAAUUCCACGAGGAGCCAAUCUACAUUAUCUUUGAGAGCAAGAGUACUCUCAACUUGACGCUCAUCGAUACACCGGGUCUCCUCUUUGACGGCCAACCCGAGCAAUCCAAGAUCGAAGCCAUCGUCCAACAGGCCGUUCGUCCAUCACACCGUCUCAUCGUCGCUGUCGAGGCCUCUGGUGAGUGGGCCGAGAUGACCAUGUUGCCAUUUGUUAAAAAGGUCGAUCCCGAACUAUCGCGUUCCACCUUUGUCUUUACCAAGUUUUUCAACAUGAUUCAAGACUUUAACUCGACACGUGGCGUCAACCGUUUCUUGGCCGGCACCAUCAACGAGAUCAAGACCUUCUUUGUCACCCUCCCCAACCACAAGAUCCGUGCCCGUUACUCUGAGCCAGCCGCCUUCCAAGAGAAAUUGACCCAAGCUUUUAGACGUGACAUGCACUCACUCGAACAAUUCCAAUACGACAAGAGAUACGAACGUACCAUUGGUGUCCACCCAUUCCGUCGUUACAUGCUCAACAUUGUCUGGAAGAGCUAUCAAGAUGCCAUCCCACGCAUCCUCAAGCAUCUCCGUUCACGUUGUCAAAACGCUCAGUUGACACUCAACGAGCUGCAAAAGCAGUCGCUCUCACUCGACUCGACCAAGUUGCGUGCUGUCGCCUCCAACUACACUGUCACCUUUCUCCAAAUCGUCGAGAAGCUCCUCUCGGGUACAUCCGAGGGCAACCCAUCGGUCAACGGCCAGACCUUGGAAGAGGAAAAGUCUCAACAAGGAGACGGCGGCGACUGGGUCGACCUCUACAACCGUCCCAUCAAGUUUGACCCCGAAGAGUGGGGCAUCUCGUACUGGAACAGCAAGCUGUAUGGUGGUCAGCAAUUUGAGCGUUUGAUGGGCGAGUUCAAGGCCGUCUGCGACAAUACCAAGAUCACCGAGGUUACACUCGACGACGUUGCCACUGCCUCUGGCAUCAACAAGCUCAACAAUAUUCCCAACUAUGCCUGGGCUGCCUGCGACCUUGCCCAACAAAAGUCCCAAGACGCCUUGGUUCCAUUGAUUGAGCAGCUCUGUGAGCGUGCCAUCUACAUUAUGAAGCGUUUGGCUGAAGUCACCGACAAGGUCGUUGACACGCGUAGAAAGAACCGUGGUGGUGCCAACCUCUCGGUCAUUAGCCGUCAAUCAUCGUCGUCCAACUCGACGUUUGACCUCGAGAACAUCGACCAAUACCCAUACUUUACUCACCACGUCCGUGACAUCUUUUUCAAGUUUAUUGAGCAGACUGCCAAGGUGUGCAAAGAAAAGUGUAUGGAUGAAUUCUACUCGACCCGUACCAUCUACUGGGAACUCACAGAGCAUCCAGACCAAAACCUGCCAUUCCUCAAGGCCGACCACCAAGACACCAAGUCGACCGUCGAGCACUUGACCACCCAGUUGUUUGACACGAUCCGUAAACGUAUCACCAAAAAUGUACUCCUCAAAUUCUACAACUUCUUCCUCGUGCCAAUGCAAACCGAUUUGUGGACUGAAAUCCAAGGAAAGAUUACCUGUCUCUCUUCAGAAUCACUCGAACAAAUAUUUGAAGUCAAUGCCACCAAGGAAUUGCUCAAGGACGAUGAAAAGAAACAUCAAGGCAUACUUGAUAAAUACUCUCAAAAUGAUGAGGCCUUUUUACGUGCUGCCUCGGCAUUUUCACAUCCUCUUUCAACUCCUUCACAAUAA